CCAUGGGACAUGACACACAUGGACUCAAUCUGCAGAGGGAAGUGGGGCUCAUAGGAGCAGUUUCCUUCAUUGGUGGAACCAUGAUUGGAUCUGGGAUCUUCAUUUUUCCCCAGUACGUCCUUUCCACUAUUGGGAGCCCAGGGGCCAGCUUCAUUAUAUGGUCCUGCUGUGGACUGAUAGCCAUGCUGGGGGGUCUGUGCUAUGCUGAACUGGGCACUAUCAUACCAGAGUCUGGAGCUGAGUACAUUUACAUACUGCGGACUGCAGGGAAAGUGGUGGCCUUCAUGUUCGUCUUCAGCUUCAUCAUGGUCAUGAGGCCGGCUAGUGGCACAGGAGUCGCUCUCAUCUUUGCUGAAUAUGCUGUGGCCCCCUUUUACAGUGGCUGCACUCCUCCACAGCUGGCUGUGAAGUUAAUGGCUGCUGUAUCAAUCUUGGUGCUGGCUAUAAUCAACUGUCUGAGCGUCCGCUUGGCCACAGGCAUCCAGGUGGUCACCAUGGCAGUGAAGGUGGUGGCCCUGGUGGUGAUCAUCCUGGGAGGCAUUGUGAUGCUUUUCCAGGGCCGCACUGAGAACUUUGAGGACUCAUUUGAGGGAACCAAUGCAGGGAUCAGCUCCAUUGGCAUUGCUUUCUAUCAGGGCUUGUGGUCGUAUGAUGGCUGGAACACUUUAAAUUAUUUAACUGAGGAGGUGAAACAUCCAGAAUCUGCUCUGUAGACGUGUCGUUUUGUGCUCCCUGCUCUCUCUCAACAUGGUGGACAAAACCCCAAAAAACGAAGGGCUGCAACUGAAAAGAGAAAUUGGAUUGAUUGGUGGAGUAGCAAUAGUUUCUGGAACCAUGAUUGGAUCUGGUA